AUGGAGGAGCGGUUGAAGCUCUCCAAGGUGAGCAAGGCACCACCAGUUGACGCGACGCACUACCAAAGCAUCAAUGAUGAUCUGCGCUAUCUGGUGCACACACGGUUAGACAUCGCGUUCGCCAUGGGGUACGUCAGCCGGUACAUGGAGGAUCCGCAGGAAGAUCACUACUCAGUGGUCAAGCACCUCAUCCAUUAUGUGGCUGGUAUUUGUGACUACGGUGUUGUUUACAAGAUGGAAGGAGGAGCUGUACUGGUGCUGAUGGGGUACAGCGACAGCGACAUGGCUGGCAACCUUGAUGGCUACAAGAGCACGACUGAUGUUCCCUUCCUUCUUGACCACGGUCCCAUCUCUUGGCAAUCACAAAAGCAGAGAGUAGUCAAACUCUCCACAUGUGAAAUGGAGUACAUAGCUAUGGCUACGACAGUUUGCCAAAGAGUUUGGCUUGCUCGGUUGCUGCGCGAUCUCACCGAUAAAGAGCUCCGAGCAUCGGCAUUGAUGAAGGACAACACGUCUGCCAUCUCACUCAGUCUUCCGCAACAGGAGCAAGCACAUUGA